AUGGACGACGACGACGCUGAUUAUAUGCAGGGUAGCGAUGAUGAGGAUUAUGGCUUCGACUACUCUGACGGUGACGAAGCCAAUGAGUCGGGAAGCGCAGACGUAGAGAACAUGUAUUACACCGCCAAGUCAAAAAAGGAGGACAAUCCAGAGGAAGCACUGAGAGAGUUCAGAGCAAUACUUGAUCAGGAGGAAGACAAAGGCGAUUGGGGAUUCAAAGCUUUGAAGCAGUCCACGAAGCUGCUCUUCCUCGUUCUACACAGACCUGCUGACGCUCUCAAGACCUACACGCAACUGCUGACAUACACUAAAUCUGCCGUAACUCGAAAUUAUUCGGAGAAGACUAUCAAUGGUAUCUUGGAUUAUGUCGGUGGAGGCAAAAGUGGUCCUGUAGAGGUCGAUGUGCUUGAAAAGUUUUAUCAAGUUACAAAAGAUGCUCUGGAGGAGGCAAAGAACGAGCGAUUAUCUGUAAAGACCAAUCUCAAACUUGCCAAACUAUGGCUUGACCGUAAAGAAUACGGGCGCUUAUCCAAACUUAUUCGAGAUUUGCACGAUGUCACUGGAUCAGGUACGGACAAUGAAGAUCAGUCACAGAAAGGUACCCAGCUGCUCGAGAUAUAUGCUCUUGAGAUUCAGAUGCACAACGAGAUGCGGAAUUUCAAGAAGCUCAAGGAAAUAUACAACGCCUCCAACAGUGUCCGUUCUGCUAUACCUCAUCCGCGUAUUAUGGGAGUCAUCAAAGAAUGUGGUGGAAAGAUGUGGAUGGGAGAACGUCAAUGGAACCGAGCGAGUGAAGACUUCUUCGAGUCUUUCAGAAAUUACGAUGAAGCUGGCUCCCCACAGAGAAUCCAAGUACUCAAAUACCUCGUCCUAGCCAACAUGUUAACAGGAAGCGAGGUGAACCCAUUUGAUAGUCAGGAAACGAAACCAUACAAGAAUGAUCCGCAGAUAAAAGCUAUGACGGACCUUGUCGAUGCUUAUCAACGACGUGAAGUACAUUCGGCCGAGAAGAUCCUCAGAAACAACAGAUCAACUAUUAUGGACGACACUUUCAUACGUUCAUAUAUCGGAGAGUUAUUGCGAAGUUUGCGUACCUCGUACCUUAUUGACCUUAUCAAACCAUAUACGCGCCUUGAGUUGUCAUUCCUAGCAAAGCAACUAAAUGUCGAGAUCGUGGAAGUCGAGGAACUGCUAAUCGGUCUAAUUCUGGAAGGCAAGGUAGAAGGUCAGAUUGAUCAAGUCGGAAUGAAGCUUGAGUUAGACCGCCAUUUGGAGAAGAAGCGAUAUUCAGCUCUAGAAAAGUGGACAGAAGCACUCGAGUCUGUGCAUUCUGCUGUCGUGGCCAAGACAUCAACUGGAGGUAGGGCUGACCCAACGAUAGGUCUUCCACCGGAAGGAUAUGUUGGCUUUCGAGAUGGACCUUUCUGA